GCUGUCUUGGAGUUGCCUUUGAAAUCUCGUCCUGCAUGUGUGAGGUGAUGUAUUUCCUUGGUUUCUGUCCAGAGUGCACAUAAAACCCAGUGAGCUGAUGGUUAUGGAGCAAAAAUUAAUUAUAAACAUCGUAAACACGGCUCACAUUUCCUCUGCAGACCUCCAGCUGUCUGUGGUAAAAACCCUUCUGUCUUCAUCCUGCCUUUUCUUGUGUCCUUCACACACCGGGUGGAGAGCAAGCUCCUUUCAUCCGUCUGUGUAACCCGGUAAACACUUGAGAAAUCGAUAUAAGAGCCAUUUGUGGCCAGUCACACCUCAUUGUUGAGCUGCUUUCUGCGGCCUAAACAUAAUUUAAAGCGUAAGGCUGUAUGUAUGAGACUAGAUUGCGGUUCUGCUCUUCCCCAUCCAAUCCAUCUGAUUACCCCCCUCUCUGUCAUCAUGUCAAUAUCACGCUUGUCCUUUAUAAAGAAGGAGCUGUAUGAACGUGUUUAAUUACCUGAGAGGCUUUAAUCAGCUCUGAUGGGAGGGAGGCAGAUGCCGAGCAGGAAUCGGCAGGAUUAAACUGGCUGCAUCAUUUAAACAAAGAGCAGUUACAGUGCAGUCUAAACCACUGGCACUUGCAUGUCUUCACAUCUUAAUAACUAUAUAGUAAGUAGUGCUAUAAGUAUAUAGUUAUAAAAUAGGUCCAUUAUUCCAUUAGAUUUAAAUAGAUCACGUCCUCGACUGACACUGUUGGGUUACUCGUUUAAUAUUUUCAUUUGACACAAUAUACAAAAAGUUAAACAUGGGUAAAGUUUUUACAUUUUACAAAGACAUCACAAAGACAGUCGUAGAGUUUUCCCCAGUUCACGUAUUCCACAAAUGGAAGUUAAAACUCACAGUAAAAAAAAUGUUAAAACUCAAAGGGAUGUCUCCUCCACACCGAGAGAGGGUGUGCAUGGGUGGGUUUCAGGUCCUUCCCACUGCAAUCACCUCUCGCUUUGACCAGAGUGAGGUGCAGCAGCGAGCAGCCAGAUGUGUGGAUGUGACUAUCGACGGCGGAAUUAGAAGAGCUGGUGACCAUGCAGGUGGAAAGGACGCCCGAAAUAAACGCAUAAAUACGGUGGAGACAACGAAGCUGUGGAUGCAGAUAACCGCAUGACGCGACACCCACCGGUGUGAUUUACAGUCCAGUCGGCGUUUGUGGUGUUGAUGGCGGAUUAAUGACCAGUCAUAAAGAAGUCGGGGGGAUUGUGUGUUGCAGGAGAACGUUAGUGAGGCACUGAUAGAAGAAGAAAGAGAGAGAGAGGAGGAGUGUGUCGAAGAGAGAGAGAGUGGGGAGUAAAUAAAACCGGAGGCGAGAUCAUGAGCUCUGCAUUGCCUUACAACUCGCUGUCAGCUCGGCCGAGUCCCAGCAGACAAGCUCUGGACUGGGAACACCAGCAGCUGGCUGUGCGACGACAUUCCUCCCCACGGGGUCUCGACCUGCUCACUCCACCUCCUCUUCCUCGCCGACCCUCCGCGAUCCCCGGCUACCUGCUGUCGCCCUACCAAGAGCAGGAGGAGCAGCUCCACGAGCAGCAGCAGCGACUGUCCUUGUCCGUGUGCUCAGAGGCCUCCCUGGCGCCCCCUGCCCCUCCACCUGUGGGCGCUGCCCCACCCUGCUGCCGCCCAGUGGGAGUCAUGCACCUCCUGCGCCUGGGUCUCCUGGCCUUCAGCUGCCUCUUCUGGGCAGCCGGCUUGGCCAUCCUCACCCUAGGUGUGUGGGCACAGAUUUCCCUGGCGGACUACAUGCUGCUGUCUGCCAACCGCUACCCCAACGCCCCUCUCAUCCUUCUGUCCACAGGUGCGGCCGUCACUGCUUGGGGCUUCCUGGGCUGUCUAGGGGUGGCGGCCAACUUGCCCGCCGUGCUCAGGGCUUACGGUUUCUUUCAACUUGCUGCACUUAUAGCCGGUUUGGCAGCUGGACUCUCGGGUCUCUUCUAUCGCGAAGACAUCGCCGGGGGAUUUCGCAGCGGCUUACAGCGAGCGGUGGCCGGCUACACCGAGGACGAAGGGCGUGCUGACGCGUUAGACAGCUUGCAGAGGGCCCUGGAGUGUUGUGGAGCUGAGGGUUGGCAUGACUGGCUUACGUCAGACUGGGCUAUCCAGCAUAUGACCUUCCUGCCCAACGAGAACGGCACCUCGGUGUCCCUGCCGGACAGCUGCUGCGUGAGGCGCAAGGGCUGCAAGAAUCGACCUCUUUUGUCGGAUGACGUUGAAGGAGUCGCAGCAGCGGGAAUCCAUCCACACGGCUGCUUCCUCAAAGUCUUCAGUUUGGUCAACGACAACGUCUUCCACAUUGCCGCCACCGUGAUGGGAUUGGCCUUCACCCAAGUCGGAGGCAUCGCCCUGGCCUGUCUGCUGGCCAACAGACUGGCACCAAGACAACAUGGGCGUGUGGUGGCACAUUAACGGUCAAUUUAAAAAUGUAGGCAACCUACGCCAAGGAUUGACUGAUUUGUAGAUAAUUAGGAUUGGGAAUGAGACGCUGCCCUUGAAGAGUAAUGGAGUUGUAAAGUGUUGGGGGUUAUGUCAGGCGUCCAGGUUUCCAGGAAACAUGUCAGGAGAUCAAUAUUAGCCGAACUGUGAAGAUAUUAAAAGAAAAUGGGAAUUUAGUGGUUAAAAAAAUACUCAAGGAACCAGCAACUCCUUACACUUCACAACUCUUUUACACUUUUGCCUGGUCUUCUGCACAAUUAAAAAAACAUAGCAAGGUGGGAGGUGUGUACAUUUGAUACCUGCAAAAGGAGAAGUCUGACAUUUUGGGGUGGGACCACGUCGGGCAGCACACUGUAAAUCUCAAAAACUAGAUGGAAGUACAAUGAGACUUUGUUUCAGUAAUGUUUAAAUAUCGGCAUGGAUUAAUGUGCUUCAUGUAGAAUGUAAAUAAAUAUUAUUUAGGGUUAACUGCUGGGAUUUGGUACAUCUCACCACCGAAUGCACAGGACUGUUCACCAGCAGUUUUCCACCUCAGAUGAUUCGGUCUGUGUUCAACAGAUGUUCGUGUCCACACCAUUUAGUUCUUCCAUCACAAAAACAACACUGUGCUAGAAUGGUGCGCUUAAAAAGAGCUAAAUAAGCUAUUUGUGUCUGUGGUAUUUUGUGCUGUUUACAUCUGUAAAUGUUGAGGUGAAAUAAUGACUGCUUUAAAAAAAAAAAAAAUGUUCUCCCAGAUGUCUCUGUGUUGCUCGCGUUUGUAUAUUCUGAAGCACAAAUUUGAUUUAAAUCACUGAAUAUUGGGAAUAACCCUUUUUAUGACCCAGAUGUGCAACCCUCAGUUAGCAUGAAACUUUCUCUUCUUCAACAUCAAACUCAAGUUGACAGAUAAAAAACUCAACAUUUUUGGGGAAUGCCAUUCAUUCGCUGUCUUGCGGGAGAGUUAGAAGAGACGAGACUAGCUGUUUCCACUUGUUUACAGUCAGUCUACGCUAAGCUAACCGUCUCCUGGCUGUAGCUUCAUAUUUAACCGGGGUUGCCAAGUCUCACAUUGGGGACAUUUCUGUCCCGAGUAAAAGUCAGAACGCCGUUUCCUCGUGUCAAGUUUAUUAUUAAAAGGUUUUUCUUUCAGUUUUGCCUCUGAAAUGCAAAUGUCAUUACGAUAUUUGCAGAAGGCUUUAGUUGCAUUAUUGCACACGUAGAUGUGUACGUUCUCUAAUCGUUAAAGUUAAUACAAAUAUUUCAACAGGUUGGACUCAUACACAUUUUAACUGCACAAUUAGUUUCUGGAGUUGUGUCAAUGAACACAUUUCUGCGUUUCUCAGGCUUAAUCAUGAAUGAUAUAUAAGAUAUUGCCUGCCUUUGUCGUGAUAUUUAGGAUGAUGUAGCCUGUAUUAAUGUUUGGGUGUUGUAUUAUUGUGUUUUGAGAGACGGCGGUGAACUUUUUUUUGUUCCUGAAAUUACACCAUAAGGGUCAGAUCGUCCCAAUUAAAAAUAUUCAAUCUAUGCACAAAACAACAACAAAAUCUGAAUGUUAUGAGUGGUAUUGAACAGUGUGAACAUGCAUGACUGAAACUGUAAACUAUGUCUGUCAAACAAUAAACAAAAAAUCUCUGCCUCG